AUGUGGUCGGUCGAGCAGCUCCCCCGUCACUACUACGGCAGACACAAUACGGUCGCCAAAUACGACUAUCUACUGUCAUUGCGAGCCUACCUGCUCUUUAUCGAAGUUUUCUACGCUCUGAUCGCGUGGAAAAUGACACGCAGAAGCCGCACUUAUGCUUGUAUCCCCGAUUGGUUGGAGUAUUUGACAAUCUUCUGGAACGGAAUGAACGCCUCACUCGCAUUUUAUGUCGUCGUUUUGAUGCUUCCCGAAUUCCAAGAGGCUCUGGGGAAUGGUAAGCGAAAACUAUCUUAGAGGGGAAGUACCUCAAAUGCGAUGCUCAGAUUUUGAUGAAACUUAUCAUAAAUUUAGAAUAAUUUUUUCUAGGAUAUAUGCGAGAAUCCUAGUUCGCGCUUUGCAGAAACAACCGAGAUUUUUAGAUCGAAAGUCGCCGAAAAUUUGACACUUUUUGCCGAAUUCCGGCAUGAAAAGCUUAAUGCCUCUUUCUACUACAGAGGGUAAUGUUUCCACAAAAAAUCAUUUUUUUUCCAUACGAAACUAGCGAAGUUAUGGCCAAAAGUGUUUUUCUCUCUGUUUAGUGUGCUCUCUCGACGGCAAAAAUCGUUGAAUAUCUCGGCGGCGCCCGCAAAGCGCGAGCUAAAACUUUCAGGAAUUGAUACUUAGUACAUGCCCGACUUGUUUGCAAAAUUUUUAAAAAAUCUGAGCGUCGCUACUUGGGAUACUUCCCUUGUUAAUUUGACAGUGUUUCGAUAUCAGUGCGUCGGGAAAAUAAUGAGCAUAAUGUCGCUGCGCUGAUUGCAUCGCUGACAAAAUGAAAGGCAAUUUGAUUUUGCCGCGACACAAUUCAUUUUCUCGGGGGCGAUGCGACUUUCAAUGCGACAGCUCAUUAUUUUCCCGACAGACGUUAAUUCUGCCAUAUUUUUUUUUCAUUUUCAGGUUGGUACUUCACGGUCUGCAAGGUUGGGAACCUCUACACAGACAAGUUCAGUGGCUAUGGAAUCUAUGUCUACUGCAUUUCGAGCAUAUUCAGAAUGGGAGAUGUUGUCUUAAUGUCCGCGAGAGGGACGAGACCCACAAUUCUUCACCAUCUUUAUCGCAUGGUGCUACCUUUAUGGGGACUUUACAGUUUUUAUACGGCUGGUGAGCAGAAUUUUUUUUUUUUUUUUUUUUGCUUGUUGAAUUCUCAAGAUGAUUUUGAGAGAAUUAGCCAACGAUUAGUGUUAGGAUUCUUAAAGUUUUAUCAAAAUUCUUUAUGUCACAUUUUUGAUGGGCCACGAAGAUUUCUAGGCCCAAAAAAAAACAAGCUAAAAUUUUUUGAAAUUAUAAAGUGAACUAAACUAACGUCACGUAAAAAAUUUCAUUAAAAUCCGAGCGCCUAUCUUUGAGAAAUUUGAUUUUUAGUUUUGAUGACCCUAGGUUCUAGUACAACAUUGAUUUUUUCAACUUUUUAGGCUCAAUUUUCCGGAUUUCCCCCUUCCUCAACAGCAUCACAAAUUUCUUGAUGCACGCCUACCACAGCACGACGGAUAUUUGGCCGCCAGCACGUGCGGCUGGACGAUAUGUGGCCGCCCUUCAAAUCAUUCAAUGCAUUAUCGUCUUGGGCAGUAUGACCAGUCUGUUUGCGUACAUUGCGGAUGAAAUGCCGUGUGAAACCAACCUCUACGCCCUGCCAGUUCAUUUUGCCCUCGUUUGCGGGUUCUUGGCCUUGGCGGCGAAACUUUUUGCCGAGAAAUACGUGAAUUUCGGAGGGAGGAAUAAAAACAAGGUCAAAGGAUGUUAA